AUGAAGACUCAAUCAGAAUUAUUUGGUAAAUUUGUGGAAUUUAUGAAUGGAACAAUGGCAACAAAUACUGCUUUGAUUGAGCAAAGAACAGCAUUAUAUAAUUUAAUUGAGAAAUCUAAUGAUAAUCAGAAGGUAACUUAUUUUAUGGGCAAAGCGGACAACAUCAAAAUCUCUGAUGCAAAGCGUUUAAUGGAUAUUGGUUUUAAAAAAGUUAAAGAAUUAAAUUUAGAAAGUUCCGAAGAACUCAAAUACUUGGAAUCGAGAUUAGAAAAUGUUCUUGGAAUUAUGAAUCAUAAUAACCGUCAAUUACUGCCUGUUUAUAAUUGGCGUGAUGCACGUUCACCAAAAUUAUUUUAUCCAGCAAUUGGAUUUACAUUAGAAAAAUUAGUUGUACGCUAUGAAAUCGCUUAUCGUUUAACAAAAAAUGGAAAGUUUCAAGAUCAACAAUGA